UUUUUUUCAUUGGUAGUCGGCUGCGUUUUCGGUUUUCUCUGUUGGCUUUUACUCCGUUAUUGCUUUUUAUAAAAGAACGUGGAAUGUUUGCAAUAUAAUUCGAAAUUCGCUUAAUAAAUCAAAUAUAUAUUGACAUUUUCAAAAUUGAAGUAACUUCGCUACUCAAGCACUUUAGCGCUUAGUGCUCCAAAUUCCAGACAGAAACUACAAGGGUGGUGCUGUUUGUUGGUGAAGUUCAGUUGGUGUAUUGAGGUGGUCGUGGAAAGGUGCUAAUAUAUUGCCCCAUCUAGUUCGUUGGGCUCCAAAGCGGUCGCGAGGUUUGUUGUAAAAGUGCGAAAUGUCAAAUCAAAGUGAAACGAAGGUGGCCGUAGCGCCUAAAGCAGCAGCUCCCAUUCCCAAUGGCUUGAAAUUUAUGUUUGGUGGCCUAGCUGGCAUGGGCGCCACUUGCAUUGUGCAACCACUGGAUUUGGUUAAGACAAGAAUGCAAAUUUCUGGUGCUGGUGGCGGCAAAAAGGAAUAUAACAGCUCAUGGCAUUGCAUACAGACGGUUGUAAAAAAGGAGGGUCCAUUGGGUUUGUAUCAAGGUAUUGGUGCAGCUUUGCUACGUCAAGCCACCUACACAACAGGACGACUUGGUGUCUAUACUUACUUAGUGGAUGCAUUCCAAGCGCAAUUCAAGCGUACACCCGGUGUGCUGGACAGCAUGGCAAUGGGUGUAAUAGCCGGUGCAUGUGGUGCAUUUAUUGGCACACCGGCUGAGGUAGCGCUUAUUCGUAUGGCCAGUGAUGGUCGUCUGCCGCCAGCUGAGCGACGCAAUUACACCAAUGUAGCAAACGCCUUAACACGCAUAGUACGUGAAGAAGGUGUAACCGCGCUGUGGCGUGGCAGCAUACCCACCGUGGGACGUGCCAUGGUGGUCAACAUGACUCAACUGGCUUCGUAUUCACAAUUUAAAGCCUACUUCAAGAAUGGCCCACUCAAGAUGGAAGAAGGCAUCGGUCUGCAUUUCGUUUCAAGUAUGUUGAGUGGCUUGCUGACAACAAUCACCUCCAUGCCGUUGGAUAUUGCUAAAACACGUAUACAAAACAUGAAAACCGCCGAAGGUGCCAAGCCGGAAUAUCGCGGCACUGUCGAUGUUCUUCUCAAGGUGGCACGUCACGAAGGUGUAUUUGCUCUCUGGAAGGGCUUCACACCAUAUUUCUGUCGCCUCGGACCACAUACUGUCUUGACUUUCAUCUUCUUGGAGCAAAUGAACAAAUUAUAUCGUGAUUAUGUCAACCGCAGCAGUGGCCAAAAAUCAACUGGAUUGUGAUGUAACCAUGUCGACAGCUAGUAGUGCGUGUGCGCUUAUUGUUGCUUUUGUUUUGUAUGUUUUGACGCAUAAAGAACGUUUGCCUAUAUUCCAGUAGCGAAGUGCAAAUACUUAUAACUACAAAUUGUCUUCGAACAUUAGAUAACUAAAACUAUUUUUAGUUUUGAAAGCAAUUGAAAAAUGCUCUUCAAUUACAUAUGAGCACAGAUCUUAGUAAAAUUAUGCUGUACAUGUUUAUUUUUUUUUUCAUUAGCGUCACUCAGUCUACAGUAUGCUUUAGUGUACAGAAAUUUAAGUGCAUAACGUUUGUAGUUGUGAAUGUACACAUAAUUAGCACAAAAAUGAAAAAGCAAAAAUUAAUAAGCAUAAGUUUAAAAAAUAGUAAAAUUUUUUUAUUAUUGUUGUUUUUGUCACAAUAUAGCCAACAGUUGUUAAUAAUGUCGAUUAAUGCAUAAACUACAUAAGUAUGUAAAUACAUAAGUGAAUGCUCUCUGACAUUUUAUUUUGUAUUAUUUUUACACUAGUGGCAAGUAAAUACGAUUAACUUGUAAAAAAAAUUAUUUAUGUGCAAUUAUAAAAUUAUAAAUAUAUUUUGAUUUGCAACAAUUGUAUACAAAUAUAUAAGCUGGAACGAAACAAAACCGAAAUCGACAAUAAAUUACAAAUUGAUAGAAUG